GAAAAAAACGAAAAUUGCAAAUAUAGGACUCUUCCUUAGAAAUCUACUCGACCGUUUUCCUAUCAAGCACUCUUCUUCCUCUGUCUUAACUUCCCCUCCCAUUCCCGUAUCUCACUCUCUGCAAUUUUUGAAUUGCAAAAGCACUGAGAAAAUCAUCACACAGAUAGCCAAAACAGGUAAGCAAAAGGAAGACAUGUUCUACUCGCACUGCUUUCUCUCAAGGAAAGGCCCAUUAGGCGCUAUAUGGGUGGCCGCUUACUGCUUUAACAAACUCAAGAAAGCGCAGAUCACUCAGACUGACAUCUCCUCUUCUGUUGAUAAAAUUUUGCAAGAUGAAUUUGAUGUUGUCACAUAUAGGGUACUUGCCUACCUUCUUCUUGGUAUAGUCAGAAUAUUCUCCAAAAAGGUUGAAUAUUUGUUCAAUGACUGCAAUAAGGUGCUGCUUAAAAUCAAGGAAUUUCUCAUUAGUAAUAAAGAUAUGGCACUUGUGGAAACCCUCCGUGCACCUUACUUCUCUAUUACUGUGCCCGAAAGAUUUGAACUUGAUGCUUUUGAUCUAGAGAUCCUAGAAGACACUACCGGAGACAAUGUGCUGCCCCAUGAAGAAAUCACACUUAAAGAUGGCAUUUGGAAAACUAGUGAAAUAGUGCCAUACUCUCUAGCCAAGUAUCAUUGUGAUGAAUUUACUGCCUGUCAGGAUAUUUUCUCCAUGGGUUACACUCCAAAUGAAGACAUUCUUUCUUCUCACUUGAUGGGCUUUGAUAUGGGGGUAGGAACAUCUUCAAGCGCCGUAGAAGCUAGCAUAAAGAAACUUCAGGGCAGUAGUUCCUCUCUACAUGAACCGAUGGACCUUGAAAUGUUUACUGCAGUUGAGGAAGAGCCUCCAGAUCCUGUAAAAACAUUUGGUGAAUGUCAACCCAACAAAGGAGAGCAUACAAUUAUGAGGGUUCUAGAAGUGGUAGAUUCUGGUGAAAUGCAUGCAGAAUCAAACAUGCUUUGGCAUAAUAGUAUCUGUCAAGAAGCAUGCUUAAACAAUGAAAUUGAGGUUGAGGAAGAACCUGAAAACCCUUUUAAGUCCUUUGGCAAACAUCAUCAAACUGAUGGACAAAUGAUAAAGGUUCCAGAUAUGGCACAAUCAGAAAAUGAAAACCUUCAGGUUAUUAAAGAGGACGACCUAAGUAAUAUCGAAGCAAGUGUGGAGAAGCUUCGAGACAUUAUAGUCUCUCAAGAAGAAUGUAGGGACGUGGAAAUAUUUUGUGUGGCUGAACCAUCAGAACAUGGUGGAACAUUUAAUAAAGAGCAUCAGUGUGAUGCAGAACAGAAAAAGUUGUUAGAGAUUGAGGACCCCCCAGAAAACUCUAUACCAUUUAUUGGAGAGUGUCAGAACAGUGCAGAACCCAAAACAUUAUUUGAAAUGCUGUCUCCAGGAAAUAGAACACAUGAGGUUUUCACAGAAGAUAAUCCAUUGUCUGUAACACUUGAUACAACUCCUCAGUCCAAGUUCCCAGAUGCUGCAGGAGAUACUGCUCCAGAAUUUUUGGUUAUUCCUACCCCAGCUGCUAAGGAGGGUGCUCGGUUUACAAGGAAAAGAAAGUGUCUUCUUGAUGAUGCGAUAGUAUUUCCUAACAAUGUAAUCAAGCAAUACAUAGAAGACCCAAGUAAUUUGGUGUGUAAACGAAAAAAAAUUCCUCAUACUGUGCUUGCUGCAUGGAGAGCGCAUCAAGUUUCCAGUCUUCCUCAGUGUUUCUUGGAGCCUCUGAUUCCUUGCGCUUCAUUGGAGCUUAGGUCCCUCUUUUGCCUAAAGAAAUUAAAGAUUUCAGAAUCACUUGAUACUGAGAAACUUCCAGAAAAGUUCAUGUCUGAGUGUCCAACGGUUGGUAGACCAGUAGAAAGUGUUGAAACUAUAGAGAAGUUAGAUGAGUCAAAAUCUUGUAUCAAUGGUAGAACGGUAGAAACUAUGAAGUCUCUAGAAAAGUUGAAUGUUUCAGCAUCUCCUACUGUUGAUAGGCUAAAUGAAACUGCGGAAACUCCAAAAAAGCUAGACAUACCUCCUACUGCUGGCAGAUCUUUAGAGGAAAUGUCAAUUGCUCCUGAAACACCUGUUCUGCAAACGAAAUCGCUGAGGUCUUUUGAAAGUCCUGAAAUUUCUAAUUUAGAUAGAGUCGGAAUGGAGUCUGCAAGAGCACAGAAAGAGGUAUCUCCUAGCAGAGAACAAGAACUUGAUCUCAAUCUGAUGAAUGAGGAGACAAACUUAUCUGAAGGACAUAACCAGGACCACUAUGGAUGGUCAGAAAGAACCAGAGUGGUAGAGAGGUGCUUGCAUAGAAGUUUUCUAACUCAAAAGAACAGAAAAGAGGAUGAAGUAGUAAAUUUGCUGCAACUUCUGGAAGGGAGAACUACAAAAGAAAGUGCAAGGUUCUUCUAUGAGAUACUGGUGCUGAAAAGUAAGGGAUGUGUACACGUGAAACAGGAAAAUGCCUAUGGUGACAUUCUCAUCUGGAAAGCCUCUCAAUGGGGACAAGUUUGUGGAGCAAAUUGUGCGGGGACCAUACAUUUUUUACAGGAAUCUUGAACAACCGUGUUAAUAAGUUAUUGUAAGAUGUAGUCUUCUGUAUAUAGAAUUUGCUGGUGGAUCCAUGUAUUAUUAUUGUAGGGAAUCCUAAACCGUGUUAGAUGAUUCAUUUUAGUGUCUAGUUAGUCUUUUUGUAUUUAGAAAGUUUUCAUUUCAUGUAGGUUAUUGUAUUAGGUGUAGCUUUCUUUUUCUCAAGAAUCGUACAGUUGGAAAACUGGAAAAUAAGAAAGAAUCCAGCUCUGGUGAGCUUUUCUGGAAGAAUUAAACUGCUUUUAAAAAUGCCUUAAAUGAUUUAAUAUGGCAGUUCUGGUCCUGAGA